AUGAAAUAUUGUUAUAUUUUUGGAAUAUUUAAUAUUUUUAUUAUUAUUGUAUUGUCAAUUUCAACAGUUGAUAAUGAUGAACUUGAAAAAUUUCGAAAUACUAGUAAUAUUUCAUUUCCUGAUUUAGAUAUUGAUAUCGAUGCAGGAAUUGAAGGUAUAAACUUUUUUUAUACAAGAGUAACACAUAAACGAAGACUUUUAUGUCAAGGAUUCAAUAGUACAGAAUGUUUAAAUAAUAAUUCAUCGAAUUGUGGUACAGUUACUGUAAAAUGUGAUCAAACUGGACCAUUUCAAAAUUUAUUUUGUGUUAAUAUUUUUACUUUUCCUGCUAGUAAUUUAACAGAUAAAAGUAAGAUAGAAAAAAGAGAACCAUUAUUUAAAGGUUGUUAUAGACCAAUGAAUUCUCGUGAUUGUCCUAAAGAAGGUGGUUGUCAUAUUCAAUCUGAUCCAAUGAUUCCUGGAAAUAAUCUUAUUUUUUGUUGUUGUAGAAAACAUAAUUGUAACAAAGAUGAUUUACAAUAUAUUAACAAGCCAAUUCCUGAUCAUCUCUAA